UGAAUAGUGAACCUGGAGUACUUUUCGUUUUCUGUUCGAUGUUCUCUACUGCUUUCAUUGUCCAAACUAAGGCAAAACAUGACCUAGAAGUUGAAUUAACGAAGUCCGUAUACUCGAAGAACAUUUCUGUGGAAAGUGGCAUACAGAGUUGAAAUACAGAUCACGCGAAGCUGAUAUCUGACGGAGCAGAGCAUAAUGGAAUCAUUCUCACGGAACACACUUCUGCCCAUGGAAUUUCGAUUUUGAAACACUUCUUGAGCAGCAAGCUAGCGAGUCAAAGGCUGUAGUGGGGGUGGACACUUGGCUCCAUAUUAUUAUUUUAAUUAUAUUUGGGGAAUAAAGGCGUCACGAUGCGGAGAUUCGUGAGCGAGAAGUCUAGAAAUCUCGUCAAUCGACUCGUUUCUUCUUCACCUCUGUCUUCCUCUCACGCGUUUCAGCCUUGCGCUUCUUCCCUUUCAUCUCAGUCGCGUGUCUUGAGCAAUACUAGUCCGACUUCUGAUCCUUCUUCUUCAUCCGAUUCAAUGGCCGGUUCUGAUUAUUCAUCCACUCCAGUCAAUAUUCAAUCCAUUAAUCCCAAGGUUUUGAAAUGUGAGUAUGCUGUUCGUGGAGAAAUUGUCAACCUUGCUCAGAAACUACAAGAAGAGCUACACUCAAACCCAGGGUCUCAUCCAUUUGAUGAGAUUAUUUAUUGCAAUAUUGGCAAUCCACAAUCCCUUGGCCAGCAGCCCAUUACUUUCUUUAGGGAGGUACUUGCUUUAUGUGACCAUCCUUCCAUUUUGGAUAAGAGUGAAACUCAAGGCCUGUUCAGUGCGGACUCUAUAGAGAGGGCUUUCCAAAUUCUUGAUCAAAUUCCAGGAAGAGCAACCGGUGCAUACAGCCAUAGUCAGGGUAUUAAAGGGUUACGUGAUGCAAUUGCUUCUGGUAUCGAGGCUCGUGAUGGUUUCCCUGCCAAUCCAAAUGAUCUUUUCUUGACUGAUGGUGCUAGCCCAGCGGUUCACAUGAUGAUGCAGUUACUGAUUAGUUCUGAGAAUGAUGGAAUUCUUUGUCCCAUCCCUCAGUAUCCACUUUACUCUGCUUCCAUUGCUCUCCAUGGUGGCACUCUCGUUCCUUAUUAUCUCGAUGAGGCUACUGGAUGGGGACUGGAAACAUCAGAGCUUAAGAAACAGCUUGAAACUGCCAGGUCAAAGGGAAUUAAUGUUUGGGCUUUGGUUGUGAUAAAUCCGGGCAAUCCUACUGGGCAGGUUCUGGCUGAGGCUAACCAAAAAGAAAUUGUAGAGUUCUGCAAGAAAGAACGCCUUGUGCUUCUGGCAGAUGAAGUAUACCAAGAAAAUGUCUAUGUGCCUGACAAACAAUUCCACUCGUUUAAGAAGGUGUCCCGUUCUAUGGGUUAUGGAGAGAAUGAUAUUUCUUUGGUAUCAUUUCAGUCAGUUUCUAAAGGCUUAAGGGUUCUAUGGAGAAUGUGGAAAGCGAGGAGGCUACAUGGAAGUCACUGGCUUUAGCCCUGAGAUAAGGGAACAAAUAUACAAAGUUGCAUCUGUAAAUCUGUGCUCCAAUAUUUCUGGUCAGAUUCUUGCCAGCCUUGUCAUGAGCCCCCCUAAGGUAGGAGAUGAAUCAUAUGAGUCUUUUUGUGCUGAGAAAGAUGCAAUACUAUCAUCAUUGGCAAGUCGUGCAAAGACACUUGAAAAAGCAUUCAACAGUAUGGAAGGAGUUAGUUGCAAUAGAGCUGAAGGGGCGAUGUAUCUCUUCCCUCAAAUUCAUCUCCCAGAGAAGGCUAUAAAGGCAGCAGAAGCAGUGAAGACAGCUCCAGAUGCAUUUUACGCUCGCUGCCUUCUUAAUGCCACUGGAGUAGUAGUUGUCCCAGGCUCUGGCUUUGGACAGGUAAAUGGAACGUGGCAUUUUAGGUGCACAAUAUUGCCGCAAGAGGAUAAAAUACCAGACAUUGUCGAUCGCCUUACAGAAUUCCAUAAAAGAUUCAUGGAUCAGUACCAUGACUAAAUACACUUCUGCAAAUAAUUUUGAGUAAUAAUAAAAUGUCCCAACUUUCGUGGGUCAGACAUAAAUUGCCAUCCUUAAUUAUAGUCCUGUGACUCUGAGGUAUAUUAAUGAUGUCAAUAACAUCAGAGCACAUGAUAAUAACUUUAUUCGUUACUAUUUCAAGGUAUCCUUCAUAAGGCCUUAUUGAUGUCACAUUGUCACGUAUAAGUUUAUUAGGGAGUUUAUGAAUACAUUUACUCAUUGAAUCAAUAGGAAAUAUAUUAUCUCAAUCAUAA